AUGACAACUUCCGGUGUAAAAACACCUCCUUAUAACCAGGUGUUUGCUCGGCUCGCUGCAGACAUGGCUGUUGCCGCGCUUCCGCUUCUCUUCGGUCUGGCGGCAGCCUCCCAGGACUGGAGCAAGGUUUGGAGUGGAGUCAUGGACACAUGUAGUGACGUUUCCUGUGUCAGAGGCAAGGUAGACCUAGCUCUAGACAGAGCUCUCAACAUGUCUACCAUCCCCCUGGUAGAGGGGGUGACUCUGGUCAGGACCGACCAUCACUUGUCACCCGCGGGUCGUCAGGGAGGUCAGGACAUCCUCUCAAAGUUCAUCCACCUCGUCACCACCAGGAACAUCAAUAUCGAGCUGGGAAACGUCAAUGGUGAUGGACGUGGAAAGAAGAAGAAGUACAUGGAGUACUUGUAUCUCGCUGCCCUCGUCGCAGCGAUCGUCAUACCUCUGAAGCUGCAGGGCUUGGCUCUAGUAGCGGGGAAGGCUCUACUGAUAGCAAAGGUGGCGUUAGCACUGGCUGGAUCAGCGCUGCUGAAGAAACUGAGUCAUGACGAACAUCAUCGGAGAGUUGACGUCGCGUCAGCUGAUCCUUACCUGCUGGCCUACCGAGAACAAUCGUGA